GCUCAGUGGAUGGGGCGCUGCGGCCGGCGGCGGUUCCGGCAUCCGUCAGACGCCGGCCGGCGGCCGGGGAGGAGGGGAUGAGCCCGUGAGGCGGAGGAGCGCGGGUGGGGCGAGCCCGGCCGGAGCGGAGCGAUGUCCCAGCCCCGGCAGCAGCCGCCGCCGCCGCCGUCUCCUCAGCAGCAGCCGCAGCCGCCGCCUCCGGCCGCCGCCAAGAAGCGGGAGCGGCGCAUCUUCUCGGGCACCUGCCCCGACCCCAAAUGCCAGGCGCGGCUGUUCUUCCCGGCCCACGGGCCGCAGGGCGCCGGCAGCAUCGAGUGCACGGACUGCGGGCAGCGGCACGAGCAGCGGCAGCUGCUGGCGGUGGAGGAGGUGACGGACCCCGACCUGGUGCUGCACAACCUGCUGCGGAACGCGCUGCUGGGCGUCAGCGGCGCCGGGCCGCCCCGCAGGAACACCGAGCUCGUCAAGGUGCUGGGCCUCUCCAACUACCACUGCAAGCUGCUGGCUCCCAUCCUGGCCCGCUACGGCAUGGACAAGCAGACGGGCAAGGCCAAGCUCCUCACGGAGAUGAACCAGGGAGACAUCUUCGACUGCUCCCUGCUGGGGGACCGCGCCUUCCUCAUCGAGCCGGAGCACGUCGAGACCGUCGGCUACGGCAAGGACCGCUCCGGCAGCCUCAUCUACCUGCAUGACACUCUGGAAGACAUCAAGAAGGCCAACAACAGCCAGGAGUGCCUCAUUCCUGUCCACGUGGAUGGAGACGGCCACUGUCUGGUCCACGCGGUCUCACGGGCGCUCGUGGGCAGGGAACUAUUCUGGCACGCUCUGCGAGAGAACUUGAAGAAGCAUUUUGAGGAGAACCUGAGUCACUACAAGGCGCUCUUCCACGAUUUUAUCGACGUGGCUGAGUGGGAGGACAUCAUCAAUGAGUGCGACCCGUUGUUUGUUCCUCCGGAAGGUGUGCCCAUGGGCCUUAGGAAUAUUCACAUCUUUGGCCUGGCCAACGUGCUUCAUCGGCCUAUCAUCCUGUUAGACUCACUGAGCGGAAUGCGAAGCUCCGGAGACUAUUCAGCAACAUUCCUCCCUGGUCUGGUACCCCUAGAAAAAUGUAUGGGAAAAGAUGGCAUGUUGAACAAGCCGAUUUGCAUCGCCUGGAGUAGUUCAGGACGUAACCAUUAUAUUCCUCUGGUUGGAAUAAAAGGUGCUGCUUUACCUAAACUGCCUAGAAAGCUCCUGCCUAAAGCCUGGGGAGUUCCACAAGACCUCAUCAAAAAAUACAUCAAGUUAGAGGAGGACGGUGGUUGUGUUAUCGGAGGAGACAGAAGCUUGCAAGAUAAGUAUUUGAUGAGACUGGUUGCUGCAAUGGAGGAGGUUUUCAUGAGUAAACACGGUAUUCACCCCAGUCUUGUAGCUGAUGUGCAUCAGUACUUCUACAGAAGGACUGGGGUAAUAGGAGUCCAGCCUGAAGAAGUCACGGCAGCUGCCAAAAAAGCAGUGAUGGACAACCGCCUUCACAGGUGCCUGAUGUGUGGAGCCCUUUCAGAACAUCAUGUGCCUCCAGAGUGGUUGGCUCCAGGGGGGAAAUUGUAUAAUCUGGCAAAAAAUACCCACGGUCAGCUGAGGCCUGACAAAAAUUACAGCUUUCCCCUGAACAAUUUGGUGUGUUCUUACAGCCCUGCAAAGGAUGUGCUGGUACCAGACUACAGCCUGAGUAGUUUGACUACGUGUAACUGGUGUCACAGUAACUUAGUGCGUCGUGUCCGAGAAGACGGCUCUGUUUCGUAUUUGGAUGGAGACAGAACUAACACUAGGUCUACGGGUGGCAAGUGUGGCUGUGGAUUCAAGCACUACUGGGAAGGUAAAGAGUACGAUAACCUCCCCGAAGCGUUUCCCAUUACUCUCGAGUGGAGUGGAAGAGUGGUGAGAGAGACGGUCUACUGGUUUCAGUAUGAAAGUGACACCUCUUUGAACAGCAACGUGUAUGAUGUUGCCAUGAAGCUUGUCACCAAACAUUUCCCUGGUGAGUUUGGUAGUGAGAUUCUUGUUCAGAAAGUUGUCAACACGAUAUUGCAUCAAACUGCCAAAAAGAACCCUGAUGAUUAUACCCCUGUAAAUAUUGACGGUGCUCAUGCCCAAAGAGCUGGGGAGGUACAGCAAGGACAAGAGUUAGAAUCACAACUUCCAACCAAAAUUAUUUUGACUGGACAGAAGACAAAAACUUUGCACAAGGAGGAGUUAAAUAUGAGCAAAAUUGAAAGAACUAUUCAGCAGAACAUUGCAGACCAGGCCUCUGUGAUGCAGAAACGGAAAAGUGAAAAAGUAAAACAAGAGCACAAAGGGCAACCGAGAACUGUGUCUCCAGGGGCUGUUCGUGAGGGGCCAUCAUCUGCACCUGCUACGCCAACAAAAACCCCGUAUUCGCCAACGUCUACAAAGGAAAAGAAAAUCCGAAUAACAACGAAUGAUGGGAGGCAGUCCAUGCUUACCCUGAAGUGCACUACCACUUUCUUGGAACUACAGGAAAGCAUAGCUAGAGAGUUUAAUAUUCCUCCAUAUUUGCAAUGUAUUCGCUAUGGCUUUCCUCCUAAAGAGCUUUUGCCUCCCAAAGAAGGCAUGGAAAAUGAACCUGUGCCUUUGCAGCAUGGUGACAGAAUUGCCAUAGAAAUCCUGAAAGGUAAGGAGGAGAGCAGCCAGCCUGCUGCAGCACACUCAGCCCACGCCGUGAAACAUGACGAUGUGGCAGUGACCAGUAAAAUCUCAUCGAAGGAGCUGCAGGAGCAAGUUGAUAAGGAGAUGUACUCUCUGUGUCUUCUAGCAACGCUGAUGGGAGAAGACGUCUGGUCUUAUGCAAAGGGCCUUCCUCAAUUGUUUCAGCAGGGCGGAGUAUUCUACAGCAUAAUGAAGAAAACCACAGGUUUGGUCGAUGGCAAGCACUGUACUUUUCCACAUCUGCCUGGUAAAAACUUUGUGUACAACGCGGCGGAAGAUCGAUUAGAGCUGUGUGUGGAUGCUGCUGGGCACUUUCCUAUCGGUCCUGAUGUCGAAGACUUGGUUAAAGAGGCCUUAAGUCAAGUGCGAGCAGAAGCUGCUUCACGAAGCAGGGAAGCAAGUCCAUCUCAUGGAAUGCUGAAGCUGGGUAGUGGUGGAGUAGUGAAAAAGAAAUCUGAACAGCUACAUAACAUAACUGCAUUUCAAGGAAAGGGCCAUUCGCUAGGAACUGCAUCUGGUAGUCAACAACAUGAUCAAAGAGCCAGGGAAACACCACUUUUAAGAAAGCAUAGUACAGAAACAGACUUCAGUCCUGCUAAAAUUGAGCCUUCUGUAUUCCCAGCUGCUUCUGGUAAGAGCGAGCUGAUCCGAAUAGCUCCUGGAGUUGUGACAAUGAGAGACAGCAGGCAGCUCGACCCUACUUUGAUUGAGGCACAGAGAAAAAAGUUGCAGGAAAUGGUCUCCUCUAUUCAGGCUUCAAUGGAUAGACACUUGCGGGAUCAGAAUACAGAGCAGUCAGCAGCAGUUGAUGUAUCUCAAAGAAAAGUAGAGGCAGUGAGUUCAACUGCUAAAACUGGGAGCUUUCAGGCUGCCUUGCCUGAACCGUUUUCUGCACCGGGUGGUACUGAACACUUGAAUAUUGAGUCAGCUGGUGAUAACAUGGAGAAUUCUGUGGGAACAACUUUCCCUGCAAGGUCUAAAGCACAAAAGGGAAAUUCUGUUGAGGAGCUUGAGGAAAUGGAUAGUCAAGAUGCAGGAAUUAGUAAUGUAACUGAGCCAAUGGAUCACUCUUGAUAGGUUAAAAUCUAAUAAGGGUAGAAGAAAUUACUGUUCAAAUGUAAUGUUUAUUGGCUGGGCCACACAAAGUGAUUAGUUAUUAAAUCUUGUACGUAUGUCAAAAAAAUUAUAUCAUCUUAUUCAGUGCAUGAUAAGCAAGUGUGUGAUUGGCAAUAGCUUUUAAUAUUACCAUACUGCUACCCAGGCUGGCUCUGUUACCUGUAAAUUAGUUAUUAGGAAAUGCACUGAGAUGAAUAUCUGCUGUAAUGUGGGUUAUUGAAAGUUCUUUGUAAUUUUUAAUUCCAUGUAAGUCUUAAAAUUUAAGCCCAUGCGAGAUUCUUACUGUGCUAGUUGAGGCUACUGGAAAGGCUAAACCAGGCAAAACUAGAAACUUGACAAGGUUAAUCCUGUCCCAGGUACUUAAUUCCACUCAAGAAUACACUAUAAACAUGAGCUACACAUGAAAAGCAAUUGAAACUAAACUUGUCUUAAAUUUUACAGUUUGACAUAUACAUUUCUUUAAUUACAUUGUACUGGCACUUCCUCAGAUGUAAAAACGUUUUCAUUCAUACAGCUGUAUACACUUGUCAGAAAUCUUGGAAUAAGUGUAACUGUAGUCAAUUCUAUUUUCUGCAUAUGUCAGUUUAAGCAAGUUAAGAAAGUGUAUGGUGAAGAUAAAGUGAACGUGGGGUGGUUAUGCGUGGCUGUCUGAGCCAACACAGCCAUGUUGAUGCUCUGGUACAUUUCCUCCCAAAUACUGAGCUGGUUCAAACGUUUUAUGACUUUAAAUACAACAGCGGGAGAGAAAUUGGCAAUUGUAAGAAAAAACAAAAGUUCAUUAGCAAUUCUGUUUCUCUUAAAAGGCUUCAAUUACUAGCAUUGGUCAGUAACUGGCAAAAAAAACCCAAACCAAAAUAAAACAAGGAAACAACAAAGAACCCAAACAAAUAAUGGCUGCCCUCUUCAGAGCAAAUUAGUGAUUUAUUGGAAGGAAACGACUCUCUAAAACACAUUUUCCUCAAGCAUUUGCUAGCAGUUGAGCUUUUGGAAGCUAGCUGUUUACUCAGUGGCAGCAAGGAAUGUAACAAGGAAUACACGUGUUUCAUUGGCUAUAAAGACUACCCACCUUGAUUGGCUUCAGUUUGGGGUGCAGGUUUCCCUGUGUCUGUAAUAUUAUCGCUGGUAUCCACAUAAGUAGUGUGUUCAUCAGACCUGCAGUGCUAAUUUUUAAGGAGGAGCCAUUAUGCUUGCUCCCUAAGGAUGGAAUGUUUAUCUGAUAUUGCACUUUGCUUCCUAUCUUCAUAGCCACAUUUAAGUGCACUGUUGUUGCUUCUUCUAAUGGUAAAAUAACAUUGAAUGAAUGAAAGAUGCUAAUACAGCUUCAGAGGAAUUAAGAGCAUUUAAGAUAUUGAAGUCAGUGUUUGUGCACAUGUGGGUUUUUACCAGUUCAGAAAUGUUUGUAUUGUAUAUGUUUGUAUUCAGAAAAGUCCUCGCUUUUUACAUUUCUAAUCACUUAAACUGUUCUGAGCAUUAGAAUGCAAAAUGCCCCAUGAAGAUUUAUUUUUGUAUGUUUUAAAGAAAAAAAAAAAUUAGCUGAUGUGAUCCACUUAAAGGAUAGGCCCCCCAUUUUGUGGAAGUCAAUUUGAAUUUCUCUCUUGACUACCUUCUUAUGCAGAGGGAGUGAAUAUGUUACAAUGUAUAGGUUUAGGUAAAAUAGAAGAAUCACAUUUUCACGAAUAAAUGCAAAAACUGAAGGCCUCCAAUCUGUAAGUUAGUGACUUGGCAACUUGAAAUGUAUAAAGUAGUCUGGCACACCAGAACCAACCUUGCUGAUGCACUGAUUAACUGGCAGUGCUUAUUCAAUGAGAAACAGGAUGCACAUGCAGCAGCUGGAAGCUUGCCACGACUUCUGAAAACAUUUAGUCUCCCAUGAAUCAGUCUAGCUGUCUGAAGGCUAUUUCUGUAUAUAAAAUGUUGAGCAGAGGAUUGUGCUUUGUCACAGCUUGAGGUUUAGAAAAGUCUGGCAGUGGAGCGUUCCUGGGAAGGAACUUCAGUGAGGAGGGGCUGAGGGGAAGGAGUCACCUGAAUCUUUUGCGUUUUAGAGAAGACUGCUAUCACUUUGACACUUUCAACCUUUCCUUUGCAAAAAUCUUCCUCAGUUAAAAAUAAAUGAGCACUGUAUAUGAGAGAAUUUUAAUUUUGAAAUAAAUUGAAAUAUUUAUUGCACAUCAUCCUUAUUCCAAGGAAAGGUGCUUACUUUAAUGCCUUUGUGGUAAGGGUGCAGAAGUUUGUGUGCCUUUUACUGUGUAAAGAGGAAGGCUUGGUUUGCUUUUGACACGCUUCCCAUUUCAGCAGCAACUCGAUAUUUUCAAUCUUCACUAAAUAGAAGUAGACACAGAUAAUAGCUCUGCUUGACUCACACUUACUGUCAUCUCUGGGAUCCACUAAUCUCACAUAGAUCAGAAUUCUCCAGUUCCUAAAACAAAAUCGUCUCACAAAGGAAUGGUAAAAUGGUGUCAAAAUUACAACAUCUGCUGAAAUGAACUCUUUUGGUGUCACGUAGGAUUGUGCAUUUUUUGGUGCAGUGUUCUUAUUUCACCUAGCUUUCUCACGCAUUUAAAUAUUAGUGUUUUUGAGAAAGAUGGCUUUUGAUACUCUCAAGUAAGGCUAAGCUUCAUCUACAUGCUGGCAAGAUGUGUAACUGUACAGGAGAAGUGAAAUAAAGAACACUGAAGUGUAAAUUUGAA